AUGACAGUCGACUUUGAUUUGCGAUCGAACUAUGUUCAGAUCAUCAACGGAAAAGCCUCGCCCACCGAGGUGACUCGGCACGGACUGAACCCCGCUACCUUGGAGGCUCUUCCUGAAGUUCCGGUUGCCACGCCGGAGGAUCUUGACCAUGCUGCUGAUGCCGCGAAAGCUGCUUUCAAGCUUUGGUCUGCGACGCCAUAUGAGGAUCGCAAAAAGGCUGUAUUGGCAUAUGCGGAUGCUAUUGAACAAUAUUCCGAUCAGUUCCGAGACCUCUUGAUCACCGAGCAGGGAAAGCCGUCGUUCCAGGCCACCCUCGAGACUGAAAACGCGAUCAAGUGGAUUCGAGGCAUGGCUGGGCUUCCACUUCUAGAAGACGUCAUUGAGGAUGAUGAAACUAGAACUGUGAUAACUAGACACGUCCCUAUCGGUGUCGUCGGAGCUAUUGUUCCUUGGAACUUCCCCUUGAUGCUCGCAACUGGCAAGAUUGCUCCUGCUUUAUUGACCGGAAACGUGAUUAUUGUGAAGCCUUCGCCCUUUACUCCCUACGGUGGCUUGAAGCUCGUCGAAUUGGCCCAGAAGUGCUUCCCCCCGGGUGUCGUGCAGUCUUUGAGUGGUGAUGAUAAUUUGGGGCCCUGGCUCACAAGCCACCCAGGUAUUGACAAGAUUAGCUUCACUGGCUCGACGGCCACUGGUAAGAGGGUACUGCAGAGUGCUAGUCGCACUUUGAAACGCGUGACUCUUGAACUCGGUGGCAACGACCCUGCGAUUGUGUUCCCUGACGUGGACAUUGAGAAGGUUGCGGAGAAGGUCGCCUUUUUUGCAUUCCUGAACUCGGGUCAGAUAUGUCUCAAUCUGAAGCGGAUCUAUGUCCACAGCUCCAUUUUUGAUGAGUUCAGAGACGCCUUGGUUCGCCAGGUAAAGACCUACACUAUCGGCGAUGGCUCCGAACCCGGAAUUACCCACGGGCCUCUCCAAAACGAUAUGCAAUACUCCCGCGUCAAAACUUUCUUCGAUGACAUCGAGAAGCAGGGCUGGAAGGUUGCUACGGGGGGUCAGAUUAUGCCUUCGGCCGGAUACAUGGUCACUCCGACUAUUAUUGACCGCCCCCCUGACAAUUCACGUAUAGUAGUUGAGGAACCUUUUGGCCCGAUUGUACCGCUUAUGUCGUGGGAUGAGGAAUCCGAGGUGAUCGAACGGGCUAACGACACUUCGAUGGGACUAGGUGCUUCGAUCUGGACGGCCGAUCUGGACCGUGCAGCACGGGUUGCACGUCAAAUCCAAGCUGGAUCUGUGUGGACAAAUGAUCACUUCAGUCUGAGUCCCACUGCUCCAUUUGGCGGUCAUAAGGAAAGUGGUGUUGGGGCUGAGUGGGGACUGAAUGGACUGAAAGGCUUUUGCAAUAUUCAGACCCUGUUUUUGAAGAAGAGUGUUUGA